UCAAAAACAGCUGAUAACAAAGUAGAGAUACCGAUAAAUCUCCCAAAAAGAUGUUUUACACGCAAUUAUAUACAUUUAAACUCAUUUAUUACCUUUGAAAAUUAAUCAUAACUAAUUUUAACAAUAAAAAAUGUUUAUAAAAGAUCCCUGUGGGAUUACAUGUAUUAUAAUAACUUAUGCGGCAGUCUUUUACGCGGAUUAUGUAGUUAUAAAAUGGAUUGUUCUUCACACGAUGGAAGGAAGCUUAUGGGGUACAUUAAACGCCGUGGCAUUUAACUUAAUCAUUUUUCUUUUGACAAUGUCCCACUUUAAGGCUGUUAUUUCUGAUCCUGGAACGGUUCCUUUACCUCAAAACCGACUCGACUUUUCUGAUAUGCACUCUGCGGAAUCCGGCCUUGAUUUGGAUUGGACUAUUUGUACGAGAUGUGAGACUUACAGACCACCAAGAGCUCAUCAUUGUAGAAUUUGCAAAAGGUGCAUAAGAAGAAUGGAUCAUCAUUGUCCUUGGAUAAAUAAUUGUGUUGGAGAGAGAAAUCAAAAAUAUUUUAUACAAUUUCUUGUUUAUGUUGGCAUUCUAUCGGUUUAUGCCAUCUCAUUAAUAGUAAUAUCCUGGGUUAAUGAUUGCGAUAAUUGCGACGUCGAUGUUUUAAUGAAACAACGAAGAAUAAUGCACAGCAUCAUAUUAUUAUUAGAGAGCGCUUUAUUUGGACUUUUCGUGUUCGCAAUACUCACAGAUCAACUCCAGGCGAUACUCAGCGAUGAAACAGCCAUCGAACAAGCGCAAAAACAAGGUCCUUACAGACCCCAUAAACCAAAAAUGGUCCUACUAAGCGAAGUUUGCGGUAGACAACAUCCCGCGAUGUGGAUUUUACCUUGUUCAAAACUUCCUCGUAAAUUAGAUUUACCAUUGAUUGAUCAUGAUGUUUAAAAGUUAUUUUUAAGAGAAAAAUGGGUCAAUGUACUUAUUUUUUACACAAUACAACACUCUUCUCAGGCUAUUA